CAGCUCGUUUGAGGACAAAGGGCCAGUUGGCCAGCUUUCCUCGACGCAAGACGUUCGAGCAAACCGCCUCCGAUUGCGCCCACCUGGCCGCAAGGCUGCAAAUGCAGCGCAGCCCUCGUCACCACAAACUACUCCGAUUUCGAUUCCGAUUGGGAAAUAAAGCAACGUCAACGGACAGACGGUCGCCGCAUAGACGAUAGCUAGCUAGCCACACAAGGCAUGCCGCCGCCGCUGAGGCGUUCGUAUCACGACGAGCCAGCAACCACACAACCCAACUCCUCCGACUUCACCAAGGAGGGCUGCUGCCCGACAUGACGUUCACCAAUGCGCCCGUCACGCGCCUGGCGGUCCUCGGGCUCGUCUCCGUGUCCAUCGCCGCGAGCAUGCUCGACGUCAAGCACUACUUCUACGUCCUCAUCGACACCCACCUAUGGCGCUACCGGCAGUUCUGGCGGCUUCUCGCCUACCAGGCCUGCUACACCAACUCGACCGAGGUCCUCUUUGCGGCCAUGUCGCUCUACAACAUGAGGGUUGUCGAGCGCAUGUGGGGGCCUCGCAAGUACGCUUCAUUCCUCAUCGUCACGUACCUGUUGACGGCCUUUAUCCCGCUCCUCGUCAUGGCCGUCCUCCGCCCAUUGUCCUCCACCCUCUUCAACUACAUGCCCGCCGGCCCGACACCCAUCAUCUUUGCCGUCCUCGCCCAGUUCUACGCCAUGGUGCCGCACAUGUACAAGUACCGAGUGGCCACGUCGCAAGCCCCGCCCACGAGCGAGCCUUUCCGCGGCGUCACCUUCUCGGACAAGACAUAUCAGUACCUCAUCGCCUUUCACCUGGCCCUUCUGCAGUGGCCCGGCUCGGUGAUCGGGGCCGGCGUGGGGUGGCUCGUGGGGCACGCGUGGAGGGGCGGCGUGCUGCCGGUGGCGCUGAUGUCGUGGCGGCUGCCCGGCUGGAUGGUCGGGCUGAGCCCCCAGAGACGCAGCGCCGAGUUUGAAGGGCUGAGGCGAAGGCUCGAGGGCGAGAAUUCGACGGGCGUCUCGACGGGCGUGCAGGGCCAGCCCGACGGUGGGCAGGCGGACAGAAGGCGCACCAUGGGACAGCAGAUAGUAGAUCAGUUCCGCGAGGCUCUGUAGCGUGUUGCUUUUACAUGCCCCUCAGGCAAUGAUAUGACAUUAUACCAGCACAA